AUGGAUGCUAUAUUUUUUAAUUUAUUAGGAGAUGUUCCGGCUGUAACCAAAACAUGGACAUUAGGGUGUCUUGCACUAUCAAUCCUAACAACUGCCGAAAUAAUCGAACCCACGAGGAUAAUGUACAAUUAUGAAUUGGCAUUUAAGAAGGGUCAAUAUGAACGAAUACUGUUUUCUUUAUUUGAUUUUGGACAACUGGAUAUAAAGUCACUGGUAAAUUUAUAUAUUAGUUGUUCAAAUCUUUCGAUAUUAGAGAAUUCGUUUCAAGAUAGAAAUAGUUAUCUAUGGGUACUAUUUUUGAUAUUUUUGUCCACUAUAACAAUGACAGCAUUUGAACAACCAAUUUUUUCGUUAGGUUCAUUAAUGAAUGAGAACCUAGUCUAUUAUAGAUUGAGGAAAAAUCCAGACAAUAUAAAUUUCCAAAUACUAGCAGGUUUUAAUAUUUCACCAUUGGUGGUACCGUUAUACAUGAAUGCAAUGCUAUAUUUUGUGUACGAGAAGAGUUUAUUCCAAGUAUCGAUGAAUUUUAUCCCAGGCCAUUUGAUGUUCUUCAUGGACGAUAUCGUGGGUAAAAUAUAUGAUAUUGAUUUCACAAAAUCCCCUUACACAAGAUUCAUAGAGAAGAAUGAUACAAGCGACGAAGAGGUGGAAGAGGUGGAAGAGGUGGAAGAGGUGGGAGAAGAAUUGGAAGGAAACACUCUCCAAAAUGAUAUCACAUCGGAAGAAACACCUUUACUGGCCGAAGAAGUUCAAGAAGUCAGUGAAUCUGAUAAUCAAGCCAGGGAACCCAACGAUAAUGGAGACGAAUAA